GGGGACUUGUCUUCUCUAAAAACAGGAAGGAAUAGAGCAGAAGAGUCAGUGCAGCCGUUAGUCAACAUCCACUCUGACAAGAUGUCUACUGCAAAAUGUUCCAAAUUCAUCGCCUUUUCUCUGUAUCCGUUCGUGUUCAUCUCCAUCCUCUGUAACAUCGUGCUGUUCUUCCCCGGCGGGUCCGUCAAGUACGCACAGCAGGGCCUCAUCACCGAGGAGGUGAAAUACAUGGGGGGGCUCCUCGGAGGAGGAAUCAUGGUGUUGAUCUCAUCGAUUUACAUCCACUUCACUGGAGAAAAUGGCUGCUGUGGGAAUCGCUUUGGGGUGAGUCAGUCGGAUAGCUAG